AUGUCUUGGGCGAGAGCCAAACUGUCGCACUGGGUUGAUGACCCUAUGUCUAGUCCACUGGUGGCUUUUGUCUGUUUAUCAUCAACGGACACGAGCCGGGCAUGGGUCAACAAUUUCGCCCUGGUUCUCCCACGAUAUUCCCAACUCUACUACCCACUGCAUGCAUCCUCGAACUACGAGCCAGAAGAUCGUGACGAGUUUCAAGCCGCGAUUGCCAAAGACACGGUGGAUGCCGCGCGUGGACAGGCGAAAAGCCUCGAGAGCAAGAUCACACAGUCGAAUAUGGUAGAAGAAAAUGAGAUCUACCCUGUCCAGGCCUGUGCGAUCAACGUCCAGAAGGGCCAUCGAGAAGAAGGAACUGCACUGGAGCACCCUAGAACAGAUGCGAUCGUAGGAAAAUCACUGGCCAUAAGCACCGACCGAGAGUUCAUCUGGAUAAGUCAGUUCGCCAUGCCCGCUUACCUGGGAAGUAGGAAUUUUUGGAAUUUUCUUCCCUCAUUCUUCUAG